GACGUUCGGUGUGUGGGUGAAGCUGCUGGGGAGAAGACUUUGGGAGGUCGCAGGAUGAAAUUACCGCAGAAGAGAUGGUCAUUUGCAUACAAUUUGCAUAUUUAAUUUCAAAUAUUUUCAAAGGGAGAGAAACAGGCGAACAUCUCAUUUCUUGUAGCCCUUGGUGACGGCCAAAAACGUCAUGGAGAUUGCUCCAAGGGCAGAGUCUGCUAAAGCCAUCAAGCCAAUAGACCGUAGAUCGGUUCACCAGAUAUGCUCCGGACAAGUGGUGCUGAAUCUAUGUACGGCGGUGAAAGAGCUGGUGGAAAAUAGUAUCGACGCCGGUGCCACAACUGUGGAAGUAAAGCUGAAAGAUUAUGGCGCAGAUCUCAUUGAAGUUUCUGAUAACGGUUGUGGCGUCGAAGAGGAAAACUUUGCUGGCUUAACUCUAAAACAUCAUACAUCCAAGAUACAAGAUUUCUCUGACCUUAUAAAUGUUGAAACGUUCGGCUUUCGAGGUGAAGCUCUGAGUUCUCUAUGUGCGUUAAGCGAUGUUUCCAUUUUCACCUGUCAUACGUCCGCCAAGGUUGGAACACGCCUGGUGUUUGAUCACGGCGGGAAAAUCACCCUGAAGGUCCCAUGUCCCCGUCAACAAGGGACAACGGUCAGCGUGCAGCAGCUCUUCCAUACAUUGCCAGUGCGACAUAAAGAAUUUCAGCGCAACAUAAAGAAGGAGUACGCAAAAAUGGUUCAGGUAUUACAAGCCUACUGCAUCGUUUCAACAGGAGUUCGAAUUACUUGCACCAACCAGGUUGGUCAAGGGAAGAAGCAACCUGUUGUAUGCACUAAUGGGAACUCUACUGUAAAAGAAAACAUCGGAGCAAUAUUUGGGCAAAAGCAGGUGCAAAGCCUGAUCCCGUUUGUUCAGCUGCCUCCUAGUGAUGCCAUCUGCGAGGAAUAUGGUCUGAAUCCUGCUGAUAUUCCCACUAGGCUUUAUACCAUCACAGGGUUUGUCUCCCGUUGUGAUCAUGGCAUUGGAAGGAGUACCACAGACAGGCAGUUCUUCUUUAUUAAUCAGCGGCCUUGUGAUCCAACAAAGGUUUCCAAACUUGUGAAUGAAGUGUACCACAUGUACAACAGACAUCAAUAUCCGUUUGUGGUUCUUAACAUCUGUGCAGACUCGGAAUCUGUUGACAUCAAUGUCACACCUGACAAAAGGCAAAUAUUUCUGCAAGAAGAAAAACUGUUGCUAGCCAUUGUGAAAACUUCAAUGAUGGGAAUGUUUGGCAAUGAUGUGAACAAAAUUGUCCUCAAUCAGAAAUUGAUCGAUGUUGAAGGGAACUUUAAAACGACAGUUCGAAAUGGGGCGGAAUCGCCUCCCUUGGAAACACGGGAUUCCUCGUCUCCGAAUCGGAGUGGAAAUGUGAAAAUCACCGUGACUGCUGCCAAACUUAGGGAAGCGUUUUCCCUCCGCGCUGUAAAAAAAGCAACCGAAAAUCUCAAUCCGCAGCGCCCUUCUCACGGACAACGAAAACUCCCAACGUUUUUUAGUGUUUUGGAUUCACCAGAGAAGGAAACCGGCUCCGGGAAAGUGGAGAGGAGUGGAAACACGGUGGAUUUAAGCAGGCGUGACGCUGACGCAAAUGUCAAGAAGUUGGCAGAAGUUCCCGAUUCUGGUUGCAGUAGUGCCUUGGCAGGAUCGGAGAUGGGUUCAGGAUCUAUAGAAAUUGGGAGCCGUUUCAGUAGUUCUUUUGGUGAAUCCCACAUUCAUGACGAAGGCGCUCAGAGAGAAGGCCUUGCAAGGAACGGGUUUUUCUCAAGAGCCGAAUGUGGCACGGACCAAAGCGAUAGGAGUGGGUCACCCCAACAAGUCAAUAGUGACUCCCCUAAAGUGAAGCGCCUGAAGACCAGCCCCUCUCCCUUGGAAACAAAGGACCUUCAGAUGUCUGCGCUGCUUUCCCAAUGCGACAUCCCAGUAGAAAUAGCAAGGAGGACGGUGCCGCUGGAGUUUUCCCUGAGCGUCUUAAGGGACAGAGUCAAGAAGCUCAUGGGGCAGCAGGAGAAGACAGCGGACACCCUGCAUUACAGGAAAUUUAGGGCCAAAAUUAAUCCAGGAGAAAAUAAAACAGCAGAGGAUGAACUGAGAAAAGAGAUAAGUAAAGAGAUGUUUGCUAAAAUGGAUAUCAUUGGCCAGUUCAAUUUGGGAUUUAUCGUGGCCAAGCUGAACUCGGACCUCUUCAUCGUCGACCAACACGCUUCCGAUGAGAAAUACAAUUUUGAGCAAUUGCAAGAGCACACGGUUCUGCAGGGACAGAGACUCAUCUCGCCUCAGAAUCUGAAUUUAACUGCUAUAAAUGAAAGUGUCUUGAUAGAAAACCUGGAAAUCUUCAGAAAAAAUGGAUUUGAUUUUGUCAUCAACGAAGAUGCUCCUGUCACCCAAAGAGUACAACUCAUUUCUCUGCCAAUGAGCAAAAACUGGACAUUUGGUCCCCAAGAUAUAGAUGAGCUGAUCUUCAUGUUGAGUGACAGCCCAGGAGUGAUGUGCAGGCCUUCCCGAGUCAGGCAGAUGUUUGCUUCUAGAGCUUGUCGAAAGUCUGUGAUGGUUGGAACGGCACUUAACGCGAAGGAAAUGAAGAAACUGAUCACUCAUAUGGGCGAGAUUGAGCAUCCCUGGAACUGUCCCCACGGAAGGCCAACAAUCAGGCAUCUCGCCAAUUUGGACUUGAUUUCACAAGACUAACAAGCUGUUUCUUUUGGGAACGUAGCCAUUUUCUUUAUCGUGAAAACAAUUCUGGUGUUUUGAGAAUCCCGCUUGAUCAUGAAACCCGUAAUUGUAUCAUGUCAUCAGCAAAGAUCCAAAGUAGUUUUCCUGCCUUUGGGGAAAACAGUGUUUGCCUCUGUGCAUACAAGGAAUCGCUUAUCCAUACAUUAUCACAACUUGGAUGACCUCAUUUUUUAUACUAGAUAUUAUAUAUAUACAUGCACACAUAUCUACGCCAGUAUUCAUUAAAUUUUUUAAAAAAUCUU